GAGGCGGGGGGAAACCGGAAAAAAAAAAGAAAAAGAAAAGAAAAAAAGGAGAAAAAAAACCAAAAAAAACGGAAAGGAAAGCGCUCGCUCGCUCUCUAGAAUAACAAGAUACCUGAUCGUAACAAAAUAACAUCCUUCAGACAAAAUCCAGCAGGGACUUGACAUACCAAAAGGCAAGGCGAGAAGAGCGAGCCAGGGCGCGGGAAGGCGAGCCAAAGACGCGAUCGCUGCCAGGGCAGGAGAGCAGCAGCAUGUCAAGCGCCGGGGCACACACGGAUGAGCGCUGCCGGCAGCCUGCCUUCCUCCCCGGCCCGCCGCCGCCGCCAGAAGUUGAGAGUAGCAGCGGCAGCUCCAAGGUGCAGAGGAUGUGUGCAGCGAGGAGGAUGCUGCUGCUUCUGCUGGCUUUCUUGGCCUAUGCACUGGAUUCAGCUGCAGCGUAUGGCACGGCGGAGACCCUCUGCGGCGGGGAGCUGGUGGACACGCUGCAGUUCGUCUGCGGGGACAGGGGCUUCUACUUCAGUAGACCGGUGGGACGAAAUAACCGGCGGAUCAACCGCGGGAUCGUGGAGGAGUGCUGCUUUCGGAGCUGCGACCUGGCUCUGCUGGAAACCUACUGCGCCAAGUCUGUCAAGUCCGAGCGUGACCUCUCCGCCACCUCCCUGGCGGGCCUGCCGGCACUCAGCAAGGAGAGCUUCCAGAAGCCCUCACAUGCCAAGUACUCCAAGUACGAUGUGUGGCAGAAGAAGAGCUCCCAGCGGCUGCAGCGGGAGGUGCCUGGCAUCCUUCGGGCUCGCCAGUACCGGUGGCAGGCGGAGGGCCUGCAAGCGGCGGAGGAAGCCAAGGCUCUGCACCGUCCCCUCAUCUCCCUGCCCAGCCAGAGGCCCCCCGCGGCACGAGCCUCCCCGGAGACAGCCGGCCCCCAGAAAUGAACCCUGACCGGCUGUCUCGAGUUUGGAUCGCCCGGGGGAGGGCGGGAGGACUAGUGAGACCCGGCCCCCGAGCCCCUCCGUCCCCGGGGCUGCCGAGCUGAGGAGCGGGGUGUCGGAGCAUCCUCACGCCGCUCCGGCCCCAACCAAACAACUGACACAGCAAGGAGGGGAUGGCGGCGAGCGGCUCCCGCAGCAUCGUCCUUUGGGGUGGGGGGGAGGGUUGUUUCGUUUCCCAGGCCUGUUUCGUUCCCCCGCGCCCCCAGUAUUUCCAAGCCUGUACUUGCAAAGGGACAGUUUGGCACUUGAACUUUUUGCUGCCGGGCGCUGCGUGACAUCCCCGGUGCCAACGCCAGAAGACAAAAGAAAGAGCAAGAGGGAAAAAGGAUUUGAAGUUAAAAAAUCUUUUUAAAUCUUUUAUUUUUUCUUUUUUUUUUCCUCGAGAAGAAGAAUCCAUUCCGUGUCUUUCUUGACAAUAAAGUGAAAAAAUAAAGUAAAAUGGGGAGAAAUACUGAGGGAUAGAAUUUUUUUGCCUCAUUCCCACCCCACUUUUUUUUUCUUCUUCUUCUUCUUUUUUUUUUUAUUUGGUUUUCUUAUUUUUAUAACUUUCUUUUGCACCUUUAAAAGAAAAACGUACCUGAGAAGAUGUUCUGAGGAGCCCCCAUCUGCAUUUUUGUGUGUGUGCUUCAUUACAAGAUUCCAAAUCGACUUGCACCUUUUUGAAAUCAUCGUGAGAAGGAGAGGAAGAGGAGAGAGAAAGUGAGAAAGAUAAAAGAAAAAGGAAAGGAGAAAGAAGAAAAAAAAAGUGAGCUGUUGCUCACUUUAAAUGGAGGAGGCGUCUGCAUUGCACAUUUGCCACGGAUUUAGUUGAUUUAUAUAUAUAAUAUAUUAUAUAACUUUUUUGGCAAAAAAAGCACUAUUUUUAUGGGACAUUUUGUGUAGUAUCUGAAGAGGGAUUGUAAUGUUUAAAAUGUGUUAUGGUGCUAAAGUAAGUUGGAAGGGAAAAAACCCAGAAAUAGCAAGGGAGGGUGGGGAGGGAAGGACAAGAUAGCGAAUACUGAACUUGAAAUUUUAGCUUUUCGUUUUAGGAAAAGUGUGAUAAAUGUGUUUCUUUUCUCUUCUGAAAUAUAGCUUGGUCAUGACCAUAUGAGCUAGUUGGCUGUUACUCAUGUACACAGAUGCACGCACACACAGAAAUACAUCGACACGCAUCCUUUUUUUUAAAAAAAAUAAAAAAACCCAAAAAACAACCAAAACCACCACAAUUUAGACUAAAAGGGAACUGUUCUAGAGACAAACUAUUUUGAAUGGUGAAGGUAUUGCCAGUUACAACUCAAGGCCCUGCUUCUGCGUGGACCCCCGGCAGAGCUUGGCUUCCAGAGCCACAGGGGACCUACCACUUUCCUCCCCACCCUUCAGUGCUCCGGUGGGACAGCGGCCACCACCGCCAGGCCCUGCAGAAGUACCAGCUCCGUGCCCCACCAUCUCCUUUUCCUUCUCUUGCCCCUUGCGUCCUUCUUGCCAGACCCACCUCCCUGCCCCAUGCUCCCCACCCUUCUCCUUGUGCCCCCCCGGGGCUGCAGAAGAGGAGGGCUGCACCGGGUGGCUGCAGGGCUGGGACUGCUGCGUGGGAUGGGGGGGAAGGCAAGUCUCUGGCUUGAGGCCUGGGACUCGGUGAGUGGAUGGGUUUGAGAGGUGGUCAAGGGCUGUAAAAUAGGUUGGCUUUAAAAUAAUAUAUAUUAUCUGUCUAGGAACCAUAAAAAGGGGGGAAUCAAUUACAUCUCCCUAAUAUACUCUCACUUGCUAAUAAAAUGGGGACACUCUGUUAACCAGUUCUGUACUUGCUUUGUCUUAUAUAUCCAUACAUUUAAAACAUAAAAAAAAAAAAGA